UGGAUUGUAGACAAACUGGAUCCCCCCUCCCUCCUCUCUCACAGCUCACUCCACUCUGCACUCUCACUUCCUUGUUUCCUUCCCUGCCUUCCUUCCUCCCCCUCAGAUCUACAGCCUAAAGGUUGGGUGUAACCGCUGUGUGCUGAGCUGAUCCUGCUGACUGACACAUGUUGUUGAGAUCAGAGCUCAGACUAGUUUCACUUCUCAGGAAAUAAAUCUCAGUCAGUCGUCGUCGACAGCGAGUGUUGAAAUGGCGCAGAAAGGAGUUCAUCUGGACCGUGAGUCUUUCUCUUGUUCCAUCUGUUUGGAUCUUCUGAAGGAUCCGGUGACUGUUACCUGUGGACACAGCUUCUGCAUGAGCUGUAUUCAAUCCUACUGGGAUACUGAGGCUGAGAAGAGGAUCUACAGCUGUCCUCAGUGCAGACAGACCUUCAUACCGAGGCCUGUCCUGAAGAAAAACACCAUGUUAGCAGGUUUAGUGGAGGACCUGAAGAAGAGCGGACUCCAAGCUGCUCCUGAUGGUUCCUCUGAGGCUGGACCUGAAGAUGUGGCCUGUGAUUUCUGCAGUGGGAGAAAACUGAAAUCUGUCAAGUCCUGUCUUCAAUGUCUGGUUUCUUACUGUCAGAUUCACCUCCAGCCUCAUUUUGAAUCACCUUCAUUUAAGAAACACAAGCUGGUGGAGCCCUCCAAGAAGCUCCAGGAGAACAUCUGCUCUCGUCAUGAUGAGGUGAUGAAGAUGUUCUGCCGCACUGAUCAGAAGUCCAUCUGUCAUCUCUGCUGUUUGGACCAACACAAAGGUCACGACACAGUCUCAGCUGCAGCAGAAAGGACUGAGAGGCAGAAAGAUCUGAAAGAAAACAUCCAGCAGAGAAUCAAGGACAGAGAAGAAGAUGUGAAGCUGCUCCAACAGGAGGUGGAGGCUAUCAACGGCUCUGCUGAUAAAGCUGUGGAGCACAGCCAGAAGAUCUUCAACCAGCUGAUCCGUCUGAUGGAGAAACGCCGCUCUGAGGUGGAGCAGCAGGUCAGAUCCCAGCAGGAACGUGAAGUGAGUCGAGUCAAAGAGCUUCAGGAGAAACUGGAGCAGGAGAUCACUGAGCUGAAGAGGAAAGACGCUGAUCUGCAGAAGCUCUCACUCACAGAGGACCACAACCAGUUUCUGCACAGCUACCCCUCACUGUCAGAACCGGGUCAACCUGCAGACUCAUCCAGAAUCAACAUCCGUCCUCUGAGAUACUUUGAGGAGGUGACAGCAGCUGUGUCAGAGCUCAGAGAGAAACUCCAGGAUCUUCUGACAGAGACGUGGACAAACGUCUCACAGGCAGUGACUGAAGUGGAUGUUUUACUGUUAGAACCAGAACCCAAGACCAGAGCUGAUUUCUUAAGAUAUUCACAAAGAAUCACACUGGAUCCAAACACAGCACACAGAUGGCUGAAAUUAUUUGAUGGAAACAGAAGAGCAACAUGGACAAGACAACGACAGUCUUAUCCUGAUCAUCCAGACAGAUUCACUGAUUAUCUUCAGGUCCUGAGUAGAGAGAGUCUGACUGGACGUUGUUACUGGGAGGUGGAGCGGAGAGGGAUAGGGGUUGGUGUAGCAGUCGCAUACAAGACUAUCAGGAGAGACGGGAACUCAGAGGAUUGUAGAUUUGGAGAAAAUGACAAAUCUUGGAGGUUAUUCUGUUCUAAAGACAGUUAUCAAUUUGUUCACAACAAAGUCUGCACUCGUGUCUCAGGUCCUCAGUCCUCCAGAGUAGGAGUGUACCUGGACCACAGAGCAGGUAUUCUGUCCUUCUACAGCGUCUCUAAAACCAUGACUCUCCUCCACAGAGUCCAGACCACAUUCACUGAACCUCUACAUGCUGGACUGAUGUUAGGCUGGUUUGGAGACUCUGCUGAGUUUAUAGAAGUGAAAUAAAGAGAAUUUUGAGUCCAUCAGACCAAAAUCAUGGACUGAGAUCCUUGAACUCUUGAAAUGUUCUGGUUUGUAAAUGUUUGUGGAUCAGUCUCACCAAAAACUCUGGGUUUAGUUCUUCAUUUCAGCUUUUUGAUUCUUUUCUAAAGAUGCUGAUUUGGUCGCAGCUUUAAGGACAGUGAUUGUGGAGAACUUUGAUUGUUUGUAUUUCUCAUGUUGAAAAAUCUUCAUCAAGUUUGAUAUCAACAACAUCAAGAUGAUGGUUUGUUCAAAUCACCUUCAGUUGGUGCAGAUGUUGAAGGUCUGAGACUUUAGAAAAAAGUGAGGUCAAAAUCACAGAAAAAGGACGACCUUAUUUCCUGUCCCAAAUCCAAGCGUCUAAAGUCUUUCCAGUCGUCCCCAAAAACUCUUCAGAUGAUCUGUUUCUUUCUCUGUUUGCUGAAUAUUUGUGUUCAUGUGAUCGAUGGAUAUUUCUGUCUGCUUCUGUUGGAUCAGUGUGUUUGUAAAGACAUCUAGAAUCAGACUUUGGACAGAUCUACAUGUUGUUAUGAGCUUUUCAAUCACUCUAAUAAUAAUAAUCACAUUUAUUAGUCCGACUGUUUGGAUGUUUCUGACUCAGCUCAGAUUGUGGUCAAGUCUCUGAUUGUGAUCAGAAAAAAAAAUCAUAAAAAUCCUCAAACUGAGUCAUUGAAAUCACCUCGUCUGUUUGUCUUUAUUGUGUCUGUUUCUGCUGGAUGUCAUGUUACCGGUCCGUCUGGGUCAUGGAUCCAUGUGGUCUUACAUGUCCCAGAUGUGAGUCCUGCAGCUGGAUCAGGUUUUCUGUAGAGGACAAAGACAGGAGGCAGGUUGUGUGUCUUUUUGAUUUGAUGUAACCAGACUAGUCCUGUUGAGAUCAUCAAUCUCUUUUUCAGGGGGGGUCCUGACCAAGAAUGGCAGCAAAAAACAAACACACUCAGACUCACACAGAUCCACAUCAGCAACAAGAACUCAGUGUUCAUAUGAGAGAGUCCAGCUGAUCUCUAGUCUAAGGAAAGAAGUCUGGUCCACAAGAAGAAAACCGACUUAAAGGUGAAGUAGACAGGAAUCUGUUAAAGAAGCAUCUUUUUAUUUUGUGGUUUUUAUAUAAAAAUCUUUAAAUAUCAGUCAAUAGUUAUUAGUUAUUGAUGACAUUUGGUAAUAUAUCGAUAUCUCUGUGUUCUCUUAUGUCUGUGUCGUCAACAUUUGAACAUUUUUGAGCGGUCCGCUCUUUCUGACUGUAAACAAAGCCGUUCUCCACCUCCUCUAACCUGAUUGGUUGUGAGGCAGACUGCCGACACAAGCAAGAAAACAGUCAACCAUAAUCAGUCAACAAGAAAACAGACAACACCAAAACAGUCAGCAAAAAACAGUCAACACCAAAAGAGUCAACAAGAAAACAGUCAACCAUAAACAGUCAAAACCAAAACAGUCAACAAGAAAACAGUCAACAAGAAAACAGUCAAAACCAAAACAGUCAACAAGAAAACAGUCAACAAGAAAACAGUCAGCAAAAACAGUCAACAAGAAAACAGUCAACCAUAAUCAGUCAACAAGUAAACAGUCAACAAGAAAACAGUCAACCAUAAACAGCCAACACCAAAAGAGUCAACAAGAAAACAGUCAACAAGAAAAAAGUCAACCAUAAACAGUCAACAAGAAAACAGUCAGCAAGAAAACAGUCAACAAGUAAACAGUCAACCAUAAACAGCCAACACCAAAAGAGUCAGCAAGAAAACAGUCAGCAAGAAAACAGUCAACAAGUAAACAGUCAACAAGAAAACAGUCAACAAGAAAACAGUCAACAAGUAAACAGUCAACAAGAAAACAGUCAACAAGUAAACAGUCAACAAGAAAACAGUCAACCAUAAACAGCCAACACCAAAAGAGUCAACAAGAAAACAGUCAACAAGAAAAAAGUCAACCAUAAACAGUCAACAAGAAAACAGUCAGCAAGAAAACAGUCAACAAGUAAACAGUCAACCAUAAACAGCCAACACCAAAAGAGUCAGCAAGAAAACAGUCAGCAAGAAAACAGUCAACAAGUAAACAGUCAACAAGAAAACAGUCAACAAGAAAACAGUCAACAAGUAAACAGUCAACAAGAAAACAGUCAACCAUAAACAGCCAACACCAAAAGAGUCAACAAGAAAACAGUCAGCAAGAAAACAGUCAACCAUAAUCAGUCAACAAGAAAACAGUCAGCAAGAAAACAGUCAACAAGAAAAAAGUCAACCAUAAACAGUCAACAAGAAAACAGUCAGCAAGAAAACAGUCAGCAAGAAAACAGUCAACCAUAAUCAGUCAACAAGUAAACAGUCAACAAGAAAACAGUCAACCAUAAACAGCC